GGCAGUGUACAAAUGGCAAACUGGCGAAGUAGUGUCAGAGGAGAUCUCAAACAUUCUGGAAGAGUUUGAGACAGAGCCGAGCAAGAUUGUAGCUGUGACUGUUGAUAAUGCUGGCUAUAUGGAUGUUGCCAUCAAGAGGUUACACAUCCUAAAAAUAGGAUGCUUUGCAAACACCUUGAAUCUGGCAGCGCAGAAAAUCUACAACAUGACUUCCAUUGAUAAAUGGGCUCCCCGAAUCAGAACAGUGGUCGUGUGGUUCAAGAGAUCCAAUGUCCAAAAGCAGCAGCUCCUUGGCCUUCCUCAACACUCACUCAUCCUUGAUGUGAAGACCAGAUGGAACUCUAUCUAAUGAUAGAGAGAUUCAUGGUGCAGUAUCCAGCCAUCCAAGCAGCAGCCUUGGACCCAUGACUGAAAAGCAAUGACCAAGGACAACCUGGACCGUCUGGAGUUUGUCCAGCUCAUGGGAAUCUUUUAUACAUCCACAGUGUGUGUAUCAUGUGAAAAGAAUGCCACCUGUGGACAGAUCAUAUCCAACCUCCACAAACUGGAAGAGCACUUCACUGUGAAGCAUGAAGAUACAACGUUGGUGGCAACCAUCGAAGAGAAGGUGUUGGGAGAACCUCUCCGAGCGCUAUCAGGAUGAGGACAUUCAAGCCUUCCUGCAUGAGGCCACAGCAAUAGACCCCAGAUUUAAAGGGGGCCCGGUGAGUGACGCCAUCUGGGACAGGCUGAGGGAGGCAAAUGCUGAGGCCAAUGUGACAGGAGCAACACCAGGGCUGCCAGAGGAGCCGGAGCACCAGCAACAGGAGGAGGAGUCUGAAGGAGAGGAAAUGGAGGAGACAGUCCCUCCAUUGUACAAAACAAGGAGUGCCUUGGAGAAGCUGUUCUCAGAGGAGGACAGGGAGUUGAGGUUGACGAUCCAACAGGACACUUCGUCCCUCACCCUUAGCGAGCGUGUUGACCUAGAGGUCAAGCUCUACAAAGGCCUGCCUCCCAUCCCCAUGGCUGAAGAUCCUGUGCUGUGGGAUAAGAGAGCUUCUCUGCCCCUCCUCACAAACAUUGCAACAAGCUACCUCUGUGCUCAAGCCUCCUCCACACCUAGAGAGAGGGUAUUUUCGACUGCAGGGAACACAAUGAGCCAGGAGAGGUCCCGACUUCUGCCAGAGAAGGCAAAUCUGUUGAUCUUUCUCCAGAAGAACUGUUAAGAACUCUUAGUCCUUAUGCAGCCUACCUGCAUGCCCCACAUGUGUUGCUCUAUACCACUGUAUUGUCUUCUGCAGCCUACCUGCAUGCCCCACCCGUGUUGCUCUAUACCACUGUAUUGUCUUCUGCAGCCUACCUGCAUGCCCCACCCGUGUUGCUCUAUACCACUGUAUUGUCUUCUGCAGCCUACCUGCAUGUCCCACCCGUGUUGCUCUAUACCACUGUAUUGUCUUCUGCAGCCUACCUGCAUGCCCCACCCGUGUUGCUCUAUACCACUGUAUUGUUUUCUGCAGCCUACCUACAUGUCCCACCCGUGUUGCUCUAUA